AUCAGCCUUCACCUCAAGGACUGCGAGCAAGCUGAGCUGCCGCUUAUGUUUCUAAACCGUCAACGGGCUCAUAGUGAUGUUACUAGUAGUUGAGUUGUAGAGGACUGGAGGUGUUUAUUAUAAUUUGGGGAGAGUCCGCUGCCUUAUGCUUACCUGCUAAACACCUUUCUGCUCACCCCACCGUGAGCACUGACUCCAUGCGCUCUGUGUGUAAUCAAUCAGAUGGUUCUGUGGGUGGGACAAUGCUGGGGGAGCAGCUUUUUGAGACGAUAGUUUAGGCGGUGGCUCUUUGUUGUUAAGGCAGCCGCCUUAACAACAAAGCCCUGCGGGAAACCCUGUAAACUUAAUUUCUAGUAUUCUUCUUUAAAUAUAUGUACUGCAGUAAAAGUGGUGGACAGUUGUACUCACUUUGGUGAGACACUGUAUAUGUACAUAUACAUACUAGUUAUUUUCCAUAUAUUCUUUAUUCAUUCACUCUGAGCAAAUGCAGGGAUUAGAGAUAGUUGAGAGGCUGCGCAUAACUCGCAGGGAUGGGUACUCCGGCUUCCUCCCACCUCCAAAGACAUUCACCUGGGGAUAGGUUGAUUGGCAACACUAAAUUGGCCCUAGUGUGUGAGUGUUGUCUGUCUAUCUGUGUUGGCCCUACGAUGAGGUGGUGACUUGUCCAGGGUGUACCUGCCUACCGCUCGAAUGCAGCUGAGAUAGGCUCCAGCGACCCCCCACGACCCAGAAAGGGACAAGCGGUAGAAAAUGGAUGAAUGGAAUUUGCAUGAAUAGGCGUGAAAUCCAAGAGGGACCGACAUCAUGCAAAACAAGAAUUUCCCCAAUGGGAUGCUUAGGUGAUCCGAGUGAGCGCCUUACUUUUAUCAAUGUUGCGCCUCGCCACGGCAAUGCUGUGCCUUCAGUGCCGCCAUGUGACAUCUUCACCUUUGAACCUCAGACCGUGUGUAACACUCACCUCAGCAGAGAACCAGCAGACCGUCAAGGCUCUCUAUGAUCUCUCUGUGGACAUCCAAAAGGUCCGGAAGCUGAAAGGCUGGGUCUUGCGUCAGAGUCCGGCUUACACAGUGGAGGUUGCAGACCUGUUGAAGGCCAUUGGAGCUUCGGAGCCCAUUAUCUCCCGGAUCUUAACUGUUUACCCUGAAGCUGUGCUUUGCAAUCCAGCACAAACACUGGCACAGAAGGAUCUGUGGAUGUCAGUGUGCCCCAACCAGAAAGAACUGGUUGGUAUUAUAGAGAAAUUCCCAGCCUCCUUCUUCACAUCUUCAAGCCACCAUGGCAACCAGCGUAACAACAUUACUUACUUCCAAAACUUAAAUCUCAACAAGCGAAUCAUCACCAAGCUAAUGGCCAGCGCCCCGCAGAGUUUCAUUCGUCCAGUAGAGCAGAACGAGGACAUGGUAUGCAACCUCCAGCAGACGUACCAGGAACUCGGAGGAGAAGAGGCCAACAUGAAGAUUUGGCUUCAAAAGCUGCUGACCCAGAACCCUUUUGUACUCCUCAAACCACCUGAAGUGCUGAGGCACAACAUGUUGUUCCUCCGAGACAAAGGCUUCACCACUGCACAGCUCCUGUACCUCCUCUCCAAACUGAAAGGCUUUGUUACUGAUCUAAACCCAGACAGCAUGCGCCACACCCUGGCGUACUCCCAGGACACCUUGGGGUGCUCCGAGGCAGAACUGCGAGACAUUAUUCUCAAAUGUCCCGCAUUACUUUACUACCCAGAAGAUAUUCUGGCUGAACGCUUCCAGGGACUUUGUAACGCCGGGAUCAGCAUGUAUCAAAUCACACAAACCCCAACCGUAUUGGAACUGACAACACAAAUCGUCAGUUAUCGCAUCCAGAGGCUGAAGUUACAUGGUUAUGAUGUCCGGACAGCUAGUUUGGACGUCCUUAAUGGCACCAAGAAAGACUUUGAAACAAGCUAUGCGAAAUUACAGCUUCGCCGAGAGAGACCUAUUUUUAAUCCUGUUGCGCCUUUGAAAGGAGAUGACUGAUAUCAAUCACUAGCUACUUGAUUAGGUACCAUCUAAUAGGAGUGAAUGAACCGUUACGUUCAGCCUUUGUAUGAAUCAUUUUGCCAAGUAUUGAGUAAUUCAACAUCUUUUUUUUUCUUAAAAAUUGUUGUCUUUAAUGGGGAACUGCACUUUGUUGGGGAAUUUUGCCUAUUCACAAUCAUUAUGAGAGACGUAACGACGGAUGUAUUUUUUAAUGUAUUCUAACUCAAUACAUAACUAAAUAAACAUAGACAAAAGUCUGCUUACAACGGAGCCAAUGGGAGGUCCUCUAUUCCGCCCAUAAAACCCAAUAAAAAAACAUUCAAAACGCACCAGCAAUACUCCAUUUACAUUUUGUGGCUGGAACAUUAACCACGUUGUAGUGUUAUUAGCCAUGUGUACAUGGACAACAUUUAUUUUAAUCUGAUCAUCAAUCGGAUUAGAAUGUUACUGUGUACAUGGACCCUGAAAAAAAUUAUUUACGACGGGCAUUUUCAUGCAUCACACCUUAAAUCGGAAUAUUUUACUUUGACAUGCGCAGAACCUAACAUAAAUGGAAAGGUGUGUUAUUAUUUUUGCUAUGGCGCCAUCUUUUGGACGAGUUCGCUCACUGCAGGUGCUGAAGAAGCAUCAGACUUCCACCGUUAACAAUGGCUUUGUGCAUUUCUGCUUGUCCGACGUUACCACGGUAUUUGAAAUUUUUUCCUUCUGUUCACUACUUUUGUUUUACCUCUCUUUUUGAAAUUGAGCUGUUCUGUGCUUUUUGUUUUGUGAUUAUGCACGGGUCGCGACGAGUCUUCAUGUUUCAACAUGCAGUAUGUGUUUGAGGCUAGCAGCUAGCAUUCGGAGUAGCUGUAAAGCCGUGAGUAGUACAACUCGACAACUGGAUCCCUUCUUUUAUUGUUACAGCCACACAUGACACUCCAGACCAUACUUUCGUUUUUACUGGUCUCGUUUUAAAGCAACAAACUCAACAGUAUAUAAGGCUACUUCAGUAUAUGUUGAAUGGUGGGAGACAACAACAACAAGACAAUAAUUAAUUCCGAGACCAUUAAGUUUAGUACCCGCUAGAGAUGCGCGGAUAGGCAAUAUAUUUCAUCCGCAACCGCUUCAGAAAGUCGUCAACCAUCCGCCAUCCACCCGAUGUAACGUUUGAUCAGAACUGCACCCGCCCGCACCCGCCCGAAGUUUUAUUUACGGAGGCAAUAAUUGAGCAUGGAUUUCCAAUCGCACUGGCUGAUCACAUGGGACAGUUAAAUGUUUGUAAUGCAACCUUUAAAAAUCAUUACGCGGUGAUCGCGGUCCCAAAAAUAAACUUUUCUUGCAUGAUAAUGUCCAGAAAAAUUCGCUUUAUAAAGUUAAAGUUAAAGUACCAAUGAUUGUCACGCACACACUAGGUGUGGCGAAAUUAUUCUCUGCAUUUGACCCAUCACCCUUGAUCACCCCCUGGGAGGUGAGGGGAGCAGUGGGCAGCAGCGGUGGCUGCGCCCGGGAAUCAUUUUGGUGAUUUAACCCCCAAUUCCAACCCUCUAUUACUAUAGAGUCCUUUUAACGAAUGAGUUUGAUGGUUUAUCACAAACCUUAAAUGAAAGAAGUCCUUUGUUCUCCUGCACCAUACAUGCGCUUUGGCCUUGCUUCGUGUUUGGUGCGCAAUCCUGUCGGCUGUAUUUCACAGCACGACAUACUGUUAAAAGUGUUUAUACUAUUUAUGCUUUCAAGUCCAAGUUGAAGAAAUCUUGUUAAAUGUUGACAGCAUAACUACCAAAAUACAGAAGUAUGUCCUUAAAA